UAGUCAUUAUUUUUUUCAAGUAAUUACUUGCCGUGAGGGCUGUUGAAGAAAGUUCAGACUGACUGACUUUGCCGUGGAUUGUAUAGGCGAAAACCUUGGUGAUGUAGAUUCAAACGAUUUUAUCUUUCGACCACGACAAAGAAUUUCAACGAGCCAUGUUCAGUGACUUUUCUAUCGGAUAUGGCUACCUCCCGGUUGGAUGGGCUAUUUUCACCUCGCUUACCUUUCUCAUGUGCUACGGCAUUGCUGUAUCGCAACAUCACAUUUAUCCGUUUGUACCCGCUAUAAGCGACACGGGCGCCCGGGUCCCCGAAUCGAACAUUUUCUCCGAGUUUUUUAAUUUUUCUAUGGUCUUGAUGGCACUCAGUUUGUUUGUUCGCUAUCUGCAGUUUGAAAUGUUGACAAAAGGUUUGGAUUCUCCUGAUCUUCUCCUCAGACGUUUGAACAAGGUUGGCUUAGGUUGUGGCCUUGUCAGUGUGUUUGGCGGUACAAUCAUUGCUAAUUUUCCAUCCAACGAGGUAUGUUCCAAUUUACUAUUGCCUGUGAGAUUCUUGAUUAUUACUAACUUAUCGUUUAGCCUUCCCUCUUAAAUUUGAGCUUGUUAUAAUCGAUAUUUAUUGUGUUUUACGUGUUGAUUUAUUAUUUACUGUACCAAAGUUUUGGAAUACCUUUAAUCAGAAAACCACAAAUUUUUUAGUUCUUCAUGUGCAUUUCAGCAGGCUCUCACCUUUUGCUCCUUCUGCCCGUUUUCUGAUUGAAAUAAGCAAAUAUAUUAUUGACAGUUUGUUUCAUUAUAAACCGAUCAAAUAAAAUCCCGUGAUAAAGUAAAAAUUACUUUCAUUUUUAACCAAAAUCGUUGUGUGUUUUUUUUCUAGUUAUAGUACAUAGACAGAAAAACAUCCAUUUUUUUCACAAAAUGCAAAUUAUGCUAUGUUUUUUAAGUGUAAACUUAAUUACGCAAACAAGGUAUGGGUUCAGCACGAUCUUCUGGAAUGUGAUAACCGCCGUCAAGGCCCUUGUAUGAACACCGCAGACUGAUUAAGUUAUUUCCAUUAAAUGUCUCUGAAUUAAAUAAAUUCUCGGCUUGAAUUUUACCUCUUUCAAAAGCCCAGACUUGCAGAGCAUCAUCGGUUAAUAUUUAGACUUACAAUCUAUAUUUUUGGAGUUCUCUUUGGAUAUGACAUGAUCUGACAAGAGCCCGUAACUUGUUAACUCGGCAUUUUUAACCCUAACAAAGAAAUAUGCCCGAACUAAUUUCUUAAAAUUAAUAUAGCUUCUUUAAAAUCAAAUUUCUGAUUUAUGGAACCAGCUACCUUUAAAUAUUCGUUGUUCUGGUAAUGUUAAUAUUUUUUAAGUCUAAAGCUAGGAAAAUCCUUACAGAUUCUUAAGUAUUAGCACUUGGUUCCUUGAUGUUUUUUAGCAAAUUAUAUCACAUUUUUAUAUUUUAUACUUUACAUAAUUUUUUUCUGUAUUUUUGUAAUAUUAUUUGUAUUGUUUAUCAGUAUUUAUAUAGCUCACAGGUGAUCUGUUUUUAUAUGGGAUUCUGGACUCCCUUAUGGAUUACCCCUUGGCUCUUUUUUAAAAUUGUAUUUUGUCAGUUUAUGCCAUAGAUUUGUAAUAAGUAAAUAUACUUUUAUUGACUAACAGCAAGACAACAUGAUUUACGUGCACGAUGCUGGCGCGGUUCUGUUGUUUGGAAGCGGUGCUCUGUACUGUUGGGUCCAGUGCUGUCUCACCUAUAAGUUAACUCAGCUGGGAAUCAACUCCCAGUUCCUCUUUGCAGUUCGCUUCAUUCUGACAUGCGUGAUAACCGCGUUCGGCUCGAUUUUUUUUGUGGCGGAAUUAUUCGCUUACGAAGAGUUUCGUCACCAGACUGCUCACGUGGUCGCUAACUGGCAGCCCUCAGACCCAGGCUACAGCGUCCACGUUCUAAGCAAUGUCAGUGAGUGGAUCGCAGCACUGUGCUUUGGCUUGUUCGGUAUCACAUUCUUCGAGGAAUUCCAGAAGAUCUCUUUGCACGUAGAAUGCAGUGAGAAAUAUGUCCAGGAACGUCAAAGCAGCCCAUUACUUGAGUAUGCAAAUAUAGACAGUGGUGAUGAAGAGUAAUUACAUUGAUUAUUGAUUUAUAAUUCGGCAUACAGUCAACUCUUUCGAUCUCUAAGACGGACACCUGCGGGACCGGCGACUUUCCGUCUUAAAGAGGUGUCUGGCUUUAUGGGAGUCAAGGUCAGAGACGUGACACCUGUAAUUUUAAAGCUGAACCUAUUCGCAAUGAAUUCACGUGUGUUUAACUUGAACGGCACAGCUAAAACUGGAACAUUGUAACAGAAAAGUGGAAUUUUUUUCUCACUGUGCAAUCAAACGUUCUUUACAAGCAAACGUUCACGGCUUCGUGGUCUCAAAGCGUAACAGUAUACACUGGAACAGGUGCAAGACUACAAAAUAUCAAACACUUUCCAAUUUACUGUCAUGUAGAGCACCUACAUUUUUGUUUUGAAGUAUUUUUCACUUCAUAAAGCACUUCUCAACUGUCCGUUGGCGGUUUCAGAAGUGUCUGUUGUCCGUAUUAUGGAGUAUAGUCACAGGAAAAUGACUGAAAAACGGCAGGGAACAACAUGCACCAGGUGUCCGUCUUAGAGAGGUGCCCGUUUCAUAGAGGAUUCCGUUGAGAGAGAGUGGACUGUACGACUGAAUAAUUUAUUUAUUGAAUUUAGGGAAUUUUUCUCAAUUACCAUCAUGAUAACAGCUCUGCAUGGGAGAUCUCACAUCUCAGUUAUAUUAGUCAGAUUUUCACCAAUUUCUCAGCCAUCAGUCAAAAUUUCAUGGCCUAUCAGUGAAAUUUUUUUGCCACAUCUUACAAGUAAAAUUUUUUACCACAUCUGAACCCCAUACAGAGUUUUUAUAUCCUUAAAGUCCAGCACGCAGUGAUUUUUUUACGUUUUAUUUAGGGAUUUCCUCAGUUACGAGCGACUUUUUUUAAACUAUUUGUAAUUUGAUCAGAAGACUACCUGUUUCAUCAAUGCCGGGUUCUGCCGUUGGAUAAUGUUUAGUUGUCAAGUGAACGUUAUCUCUCAGGGGCUGUUUACAAGGAGCUAGGGAAGAGGAUCCUAGUACUAGGAAGAUCCUAGAAGGCGGAACUACCUAACGUCAUAUGUUUUCUCUAUUCAGUUUGCAUGCAAAGAGUCGUACUUGUCCCUAGCGCUAGGAUCUUCUUAGUUAAGUACUAGCAAAUCCUUGCUGAGAGGUACCUAGUUCCGUGUAAAAGGCCUUCGCGCGAGGAAGAUCCUAUAUUGCUAGGGAUAAACCACUCAUAAAUGGCGGCGUCUCGUUCUUUCUCUACUAUUAACCAAUCGGACUGAAAUUUCUGCAUGUAAACCCAACGAAAAGUUGUUCCGCCAUCUAGGAUCUACCUGGUGCUCGGAUCUAUCUUAGUCCUUCCAUGUAAACAGCCUUUUAGUUUCAGAUAAACGGCCAUGUGCUGUGAACUAAAAGAGAGUUUGUCAGAUAAGGGUUUGUAGCAGCUGUGUAUCUUUAUUGAAGAACUGUUGUAAAAAGUUUAUUAUUCAGUGGUCACUAAGAGGGCAGGGGAUGGGUAAUCGAUAAUUUGACAUUUGAUCAGAAUUUGACAGAAAGUCAAGCACGAUAAAACCUUUAAUGUUGCUUAGACCAAAAAACAUUAAUUCUCAUCGAUCUUGAAUAACGGAAACUAAUAAACAUGCCCAUUCACUUUCGUGGUUUUUGUUCAUUAGAUCUCGCUAAAGUGAACAUUCAACUUAUCGAAAGAACCCUAUUCAUACGAAGGCCUCAAAUUGGCACCGACUUUGAGAACUAUUUUGUAUUUCAAAAUUUGCAAAGGGCUGGUUUCCUUGGAUUUACCGUGCAUGACAUUUCUCGUUUGUUUACUCCUUUUGGAUUAUGGGCCGGUUAUGGGGAUUUUCAACUUAAAUCUUAAUUUUUCACAGAAACCAUAUUUUUUCUCUUGAGAGAUCGAGUGCGCGCCUGGAAGUACUUGAAACCUCGGGAAUGAUUUAUCGACCAAAAUCCCUGAAAGAAAGAAAAAAACGGCUGUGGCCAGACUAAUGUCAAAUAAAUUAUUUUAAUAGGACAAACUGAUUUUAUUUUAUGACACAAAUGCCUGACGUUUUAUUUUCUUAUUGAUAGUUUUUCAACGUGUAAGCCGUGUAAGGAUCAGAAAGUUUUUACCGUGGUCGCCUUGGCUACACGUGUAUCGCUAGAAAAACGGGGAGCAUUCCUCAUUAUCAUUUUUGAAAGCAUGCGUGAUGAUCAGCCACUGGGGAAGAAAAUAGGAAUUGCCUAGACAAGGCCCCGUAUGUCCUAACAAAGAACUUCUAAACGGU